ACUUCAGUCGAGGCUCAACGCCCAAAGAAGAAACAUUCAAUCGAAAAGAAAGAACCCUACUGAGAGCCAGUGUAAGCUCAAAACAGCAGAAAAAAAGAAGAAUUACAACCAGACUCAUUAAAAGAACAAGUAGGGCCGGUCGAUAGAGAGCAAGAGAGUAAGAACGAACGAGAGAACAAGUCGGGAUAGCGCGAGUGCGAGUCGGUCGGGUGGUAGACGAGAACAGUAACAGAGAUUUCAGUGUUGUUCAGUUCGGGAAGAGGGCAACAAGAGAAAGAGCGCCGACCGAGAAGAACGUACGGCCUGGUCUGGCUUCAAUACUGAAGAAAGAGGCACUAACCGAAAAGCCACGGAUCGAGCGCGUGUGUGUUGGCAAGAAAAGAAGAAAAUCGAUAUUAAGUGAAUGUGUCAAAAUCAGGUCACCGUGAAUUUAAAGCGAGCAGCAGUGAGAAACCAAUGCUCCGUGCCUGAUUAGUCUUAAAGUGAGACGAACCGAGAAGUAAAUUUUGAUUAAACAGUGUGAUAGUCGCGAUUUGACCGAUUGUCGAACGCGGAUACCGAGUCGGGUUUCGUUUCGAAUGAAUUGAAGAAACAAGCCGACCUUAUUUGUUUUUUUCGCUAGUGAAGACUGAGCUGAAGGAGGUAACCGUACGCCGAGAUUUGGGAGCAGAGGAACAGCACCGAGAAGCAGUAUCGCAAACUAAUCGGCUGUCAGUCUAAUCUCAUUUCGAGGAGAAGCAACGUUGAACUCAUCAGCGCCAUUGCAUUUCACGAAGACUGAGUUCUUAGCAGCCAAUUUCAUCGACUGUUGGAGGCAAAACAGCAAACUGCCGCCGGUGGUCAAGCUAAAUCCCGAUCGUAGCGAUUUGGAAUUUAUUGAGUUGAUGUUCCUGAUAAGUGUAAUUUAGUGGUUACGAGCAGAAGAGAGCGGAAAAAAAAUAAUUUUGUGAUUUGAUUCGAAAGAGUAAAUUGAAGCAUAUCGAUUGUGUGGAGAGAAUCGUUCGCAUACGGUGCCAAAUGUGUGGAUAGAAAGGAAGAAAGCGAGUGCGUACGUUGGCGGAACCAUAAAUUAAAAGAUUCCAAUGAAAAGUGACUGGAGUGCGAAGAUUUAGUGUCGUUCACCCGUUUUGAGUGGUACGUGUACCACAUCUCGGGGUUUAACGUUGGAGUGGAAUAAAGUAAAUACCACUAUCAGCACCGACAGGAUGGCAAUGGCAGCGUGUUAUCCGAACUACGACCUUUCGGUGGCGUCCGGUAUUUCCCAGCACCAGCAGCAACCGCAGUUGCACCAUCUACCGGUGUCAUCGCGGUUAACGAGCGGGGCACCGAUGGCACAGAAGGACUACAGCAUACCGCUGCACGUGGACUGUAGUGUGGAGUAUGAAUUACCAAAUCAGGCCAAACCACCGGUGGGAGCCCGGGUGGAACCGUUGCUGAUGAUUCAUCCCUGCUAUUUCCGGAAAAUGGAAAGUCAGCGGCGUAGUCCUUUCAUAAACAAUAUGCCAAAUUCAUCCCGUAGCUCUAAUUCAAUUGUUGCCAAUGUUGUUGAUACGUCGUCCAUGAGUCGGCGCAGCUCAAAAGCUAGUUCCCAGCAGGCACAGCAGCACGUUGUAGUGUCUAGUCAUCAAAGCAGUAUGCAUCACCAUCCGAACUUGCAGCAACAGAUCGAUGAAUACGUGCAACGGCAGAUGGUCCAGAGGUCCCAACAGGCGCACUAUCCUGUUGGGACGAGCAGCAGUCAACAGCAACAGUCACAGCAUGUUCAAUCCCAACACCAUCGCCAUCAUUCACAUCAACCACAGCCUCAACAGCAGCUCCAUCAGCAGCAACAGUCACACAUAACCAGUCAACAACAAUCCUCCAAUCAGUACAGCCUACAAAGUCAGCAACAACAGCAACAGCAGCAACAACAACAACAACAACAACAGCAACUAUCAAAUACCUCAGACUGGAGCCGUUAUAUGGGCCCUGAUGGGGUAGUCCGAAGCUACGGGAAGGUCAACCUAGCCAAUCAAACUGCCUAUAGCAACAGCAACAACAACAACAACAACAGCAGUAGCAAACCAAAAGCCAUCAAACGUUGUAAUACGGGUAUGACCCAGCUGGCGCACACGAAUGCCGCCGGCACUGGUCAGCAGCAACAGCAGCCGAAUCUAAUGCCGGCUAGCUGUGCUGCGUUCAAUACAAGUAGCAGUUUGGAGGGCGGUUUGCCAUCCGGUCCCCGGUGGGACGUCGAAAAGACUUCAAUGGCCGCUGUGCCGCGUGAUUUCCAGGCAGGUCCCGAAUCGUUACCGAUUAAAGUGAAUGCUAGUCUACUGGUGGGCGGAAACAGUUCCCAAACUGCCAGCAGUAACAAUAAUAACUAUCAACCGUCGGCAACGAUGUACCGAAACUCUUCGGUCGUUGGCAAACGUGAUGCUAUGCUUUCCGGAGGCUGUGGUGUAUAUAGUAAUAGUAGCAACAGUAACAAUAACACUAGUAACAAUAACAACACGGAACUAGGUCUGACCGCCGCCAGUGGCCUGUGGGACUCUGCGGCACUGCUGGAGAAGAGCUCGAUGGCGACGAUCCCGCGUGACUAUCAGACCGGUCCGGAUCAUAUGGCGUGCAGCAAAAUGGUGGGCGCUGGGAGUGCCAUGCUCACCGCCGCCGGCCAUGCAUUGAUGCGCACCGGCGUCACCGGUAGCAGCAACCAUCACAGCAAUUCCAGCGGAAAUGGUAGCAACGGCAACAACAACAACAACAACAACAGUACCAGCAGUGGUUACCAGUCGGAGAAGUCGGCCGCCCUGUUUGCGGGCAAGUACCGGCAGCACCAGCGGGUUUCCCAUCGGCUCCAUCCGUACAUGAUGACCGGUUCGAUGGGGGGCUCCUUUCCGCCACUGAUGGCACCAGCAUUCCCGCAGAUGCAGCAAGUGUCGUGUUAUAAUGUGUGAUUUUAAUUCUAAUCGGCUAAGAAAACAGAGAAGAAAAAAAAAUGAAACAAAACGGAAAAUGCUGUCGACGAGAAUGGAUGGAAGCUUACGAGAAGAAGGAAUAAUUUAUUAAACGAUUAUUCGUUGCUAUAAUCUCUUUGUUUGUGUCUUAUAACGACGAAGAAAAUGAAGGCAAAAGUAUAAAAAAAAUAUAAUCGAGCAACUUUUUUCGUUGCAUUUAAAUGUGAUAGUAGUUUUACUCCAAGCAACUUCGAAAGAUAGUAAAGGAAAUAAUGAUUACAAAAUAGGAUACAAGUUAAACAAAAUAUCGCUAUAUAUAUAAAAAUAUGUGUUCCAAAGAAAGUCAUGCGAAACGUAGUGAAUACAAGAAAAAAUUUGCAACAGCAUAACAACAAGAAGUUAGAACCAACCGUCGGAUGUUAUGAAAGGAGCGGGAAAAAGGCGGCAUGGGACGGAAGCUGAAACCGAAAAAAAAACAAAACGAAUCAUCAAAGUUUGUAAAUCCGUGAACGGUGAAGAAAAAGUUUAUUGUGUGCAAACUCCAACUGCUGAAGGAGUAGGAAUAUAGAAACCCGGGAAGGUGAUAUUAAGUAGUGUUGAUGAUGCAGAGUUGAACGUUGAAAGCAAUCGUGUGAGAGAAAAAAAGCAGUUGAUAAAGUUCCCGAGGCUACCAUUUUGGAUUACCGUCGCUUUCCGUCAGUCAUCGGAACCGUACAGGAACCGAGCUAAUGCGGUGUAUUCUCGUCGGCAUGCGAAAUCAGCUUUUCUCAUCAAUAUUCAUCAGCUUCUGUAAAGUUUCACCGUCGACGCAGAACCCUGGGGAGUGCUUCCAGCGAUUCCGUCGACGUUUUUCAUCGGCAUCAUCUUUGUUCAUCAUCAAUACAAGAUGAUCGCCUGCGCACAGCUGUCAGCUGGGACCACAUCCGAUAUCAUCAGGCAGGUCCUGGCAGGCACUUUGCCCGCCAUCGUCAUCGUCAUCGUCUUCGCCCGAAAAUCGGAUUUUCCCGUAAACUUUUUCGACCGUUUUCCGGAUUAAUUGGAUUACUGCAACAGUUUCCUUACCGCGCUAGUUUAUUGCUCCGAACACUCAUCUCCUCGCUAAUAUAUAACGUACACACUAACUGAGGGUAAACAGAAACGAUUACACUCCCACACAUACACAUCUACACACUCACAUCCUACAACCACACUCACAGCCAUGCAAAAGCCCUCUACCUAUUUAACUGCAAAAUUGAGGGAUUAGAACUGAUUUCCGGACAGUAACAGUAAAUAAGUAACCGAUACUAAAGUCAUGAACCUUUCUUGGAAAAAAAAUACAAACAAACAAACAAGCCUAAUAACCCACCCUCGAAUGCUAUUGUUACGUUUCUAUUAUUGGUAUGUCUUAAAAUAUAUAUUAUUGUUUCGUUGUCCAAUAGAAUCGAGUUUUUUUUCUGUUUCAAAACGAUCCGUCUUUCUCUGGACGUUAGGCUUCAGUUUUAUUCUAUUACUCUAUCUACUAUCUAUCAAUUUAUGUUGUAACAAAACAUUUGAAAAAUCCUCUCUCAGUGAACGAUAUCCGUACAAGAGUAUGCGUAAGAUUUUCCUUUCCACUGUUUUUUUUUCUUCCUCUAAUUCACUAAUUGUCUGCUGUGUUUCGUAAAUUAUCUGCUCUGUUUCCGUUUCUCCGGUAAGAGACAUUUACAUUAGCCGCUUCAAUACGAAAUUAACAAAGAAAAAAAAAUACAUAGCAAAACUUAACAAGUCGUUGGAAAUAUUAAGCAAAAUUGUAUCAAGAAAAUUAUACCAAACGUAACCGAAACAAAAAGAAAUAAGGAAAAUAAAAAAAACACACACACAUUAGUGAGAGAAAGAGGAUAGUAUAGGCAAGUCCGAAGGCAAAGAAUGGUCGCAGUUAUUUCUUAUGUAAAACGGAAAAACUAUAAGCGGAAACAGCAGUAACCUUGUUUGUACAUAUUCUUUAGGAGAAACGAAUAAGAAAAUAAACAAAAAAAAAAACGCUAGACAACCGAUGAAUAUGCGUGCAGGUAUGCAUUAGUCGUAAAGACAGAGAUAACUGAAUGUAAUACUGGAAAAAAAGGGAGAAUAGUAAAACAAAACCGCAAACCAAUUGUGUAUAAAUUAUGAUAAUUUAAUUAUUUAAAAAAGGUGAGAAAAGUAUGAAAAGCCACGAAAAAAAAUCAAAUGAAAAUAAUAAUCGCUCUUAUGCAAAAAGUUAAA